AUGCAGCACUAUGGAGUGAACGGUUACUCUCUUCACGCCAUGAAUUCUCUGAGUGCCAUGUACAACCUUCACCAGCAGGCGGCGCAACAAGCCCAGCACGCCCCUGACUACAGACCCUCGGUGCACGCCCUCACGCUGGCAGAGAGACUGGCCGGCUGUACAUUUCAAGACAUCAUUUUGGAGGCCCGUUAUGGAUCCCAGCAUCGCAAACAGAGGAGAAGCCGCACAGCCUUCACCGCCCAACAACUGGAAGCCCUGGAGAAGACUUUCCAGAAGACUCACUAUCCAGAUGUGGUGAUGCGGGAACGGCUGGCCAUGUGCACCAACCUACCGGAAGCCAGAGUACAGGUUUGGUUUAAGAACCGAAGAGCCAAAUUCCGGAAGAAACAGCGCAGCCUCCAGAAGGAGCAGUUGCAGAAGCAGAAGGACUCAGAAGGGAGCCACAGCGAGGGGAAGACGGACGCUCUUGUGCUGGAAAGCCAGACUUCCGCCCCUGACGUAGACAAGCCACAGAGCCAGCCGAGCGAAGCCAGCACGGAGCUCAACCUCACCUUGUCGGAGCAGUCGGCCAGCGAGUCCGCAGCAGAGGACCAGACGGACAGAGAGGAGGACUUUAAGAACCCCUUGGAGGAGUCCAAAGCAGACAAAGGUCCUGGCACUGAGAGCAAGGCUCUGAACUGCAAGAGAGCCAGUCCAAAAGCAGACUCUCCCAUCAGUGCCACGGUGACGCCUUCCUCCAGCAGCGGCAUGUCUCAGACUCACUCCUACUCCUCCUCACCUCUGAGCCUCUUCCGUCUCCAGGAGCAAUUUCGCCAGCACAUGGCCGCCACUAACAACUUGGUCCAUUACUCCUCCUUUGAAAUGGGGACCCCAACUGCCAUGCCGUACUUGGGCAUGAAUGUCAACAUGGCGCCCCUCAGCUCUCUCCAUUGUCAGUCGUAUUACCAGUCGCUCUCCCACGCCCAGCAGGUCUGGUCUUCACCCAUCUUGCAGGCGUCUAGCUCCCUCCCUACUCUGAACAGUAAAACGACAAGUAUUGAGAAUCUAAGGCUCCGGGCAAAGCAGCACGCCGCCUCCCUCGGACUUGACACCUUACCAAACUGACCGCAAGGCAGCAGGGGAACCCCCACCCUACCGUCAGCCGCAAGAGAAGGCACCUUCUGCUGGCACUAAACGUGUGGCUCUUUUGAAAAUGCACAGCUCUCCUCUCCACCUGGAUCAAGGUGCUCCCUUUCGGGGGAUACUUUCAAUCCUUUACUUCUUCACUAGCUCCAUUUUCACGUCAGGUACUGCUACUGGCCCCACUUCCACUGAAGUAUUUAAUAAAGAAGGAAAGAGGGCAUGUACUUAGAUGUUUAAAAAAAACUCUCCUGAGGACCGAGGAGUAAAAACUGUAAUGUCCAGAAAGAUCGCUCUUUCGUUGAUACUGUGAUAAUGUGCCGACUGUGAUUUUUGUUUUGUUUUGUGCUCUGGAAAACCUAGUCCUAGUACUGUAUAUAGAUUCUAUUGUUGAAAACAUCCUUCAUUUGUGUGUUGCUGUCUGUGUUGCCUUAUGCAGAAUUAUGGAGCAUUUUGCUAUCUUUCCUCCCUCCCCCUUUCUUUCAGAUUUAUACUUGUAGUAGCUAGAAUCAAACUUACAAUCCAAAAAAACCCCACAAGCUCUGAGCGGGAGGUGCUUCUUUGGCCAGUGUUCUGAAUAAGUCUAGCAAGAGGAAUUCAGAGAAAAGAUUCUGAAUGCCAUUAUCAUAUCUUCUCCAGUUCUCCGUUAAAACCAACCUGCAAACGCCAGGGAAUGAUGUAAAGGGUUGUUUCCUGUUAAAGCACUUCCCGUCGGUAGGAACUUUUUUUUUUUUUUUUUUAAAGCACUUCUUCGAAGUCCGAGGACAAAGAAUUUGCCACCGGGCUCUGUUGGUUAGAGAGCGAGGAAAAAUGAAAGCACUAGAUUUUGUCAAAUUCACAAGACUUUU